UACCAGGCAAAAUGGCGGCGGUGAAAUGGAUGGAGGACGAUAGCGAACAAUAAUCAACUGUAACGAUUAACGUGCUAAUUGUUUACAUUUCCUGCAUUGGAAAGGUGGUUUUCCAGAAGAGUGCAGGGAGGAACCAAUGCUUUGGAACCGUCUGAAUAAACUGCAGAAAUGGCUGAUCUGAAGCAGCACGCCAAGGAGCAGAAAGAUGUGGAAUCUGUGUUGGACAGCGCAGACAUCACUCAGGAACCAUUUAGGAGUCGCACGUCGUCCCUUAAGAAGAACGCUUCAAGACCGCCAUCCCGGCUGCCCACCGACGGCUCCGAAAAGCCCCUCAACGGAGCCCAGCCUGGCCUGUCUGCCGCCACGGACGACACGCCAGCAGAAGCCCUCGCUAACGGGCCCAGUUCUCACACGGUCAUGGACGAGUACGGCGUCCCGAACAGCAGCAGCGUUUCCCGGGGUGACACCUCAUCGGAGCAACCGAGAAAGGCGCCGCGGUCACCCAGUGAGCUGAAGACGGGCGCUCUGAAAAAAGUGCCAAGGUUCGUCCCCAUGCAGGUCUGUGCCAACGCGAGUCCGUCCAAAGCCAACGACAGCGAGCCGGAGGUCCUCGACGGGCUGUCAGAGGAGAAUCAGGAGGAGACACCGGCCGGCCAGAUCAGGGGCGCUAAGGGAAUCGGCAGCCGGAGGAUAUGGGACUUCGACACGGAGUCCUCUGACAGCUCCUCGGACGACUACGAAAGCGCCAGCGACCUCAACUGGGACCCCCAGAAGGAGUUCAUGCAGUUCCUGUGGAACGACCACGACGACCCUGACCUGGGGAAGAAGCUGGAGGCGGUGCAUCCGUCCACCAGUGACAGACGGAGGAAGCGCAAAAUGGACAUGGUGGUGAUGACGGACCCUUCCGAGAAAGUUUACACCAAAAGGUCGCCGGCGGGUGACGAGUCCGACUUCGAGGAGAGUGCACCGGACACCGUUUCCGGUAAUAAGGUCCGUUCCCUCAGGAAAAAGCCCAAAUCGCAACCCUCGGUGGAUCCGUGCGAGAAGUACCCAAGCGAAACCGUGGAGGCCAUCAAGCAGCUCAUUCUCAGCGCACCAGCAAAAAAAAAUCAGGACGGGAACAUCUGCGAGCUGGACGCGGGUGGAAAGCUGAAGGCCGAUGCGUCGUCAGACUUGGGCUCCGAAGAAGAGCCUUCGUUCUUCCCUUGCACAAAGUGUAACGUCAACUUCAAGGAGAAGAAGCACUUGCACAGACACAUGAUGUACCAUUUAGACGGGCACAACCAGUUCCGCCACGUGAACGUGCCCCGGCCCUUCAUAUGCAGAGAGUGCGGGCGCUCCUUCCGCGACCGCAACUCCCUCCUGAAACACAUGAUCAUCCACCAGGAGCGGCGGGAGAAGCUGAUGGAGGAGAUCAAGGGCCUGAACGAGCUGAAGGACGAGGGCCGCGGCGCGCGGCUGCAGUGCCCCCAGUGCGUCUUUGGCACCAACUGCCCCAACACCUUCGUGCAGCACGCCAAAACGCACGAGAAGGACAAGCGCUACUACUGCUGCGAGGAGUGCAGCUUCAUGGCGGUGACGGAGCACGAGCUGGAGGGCCACCUGUACAGCGCCCACCGUGUCACGCGCAAGCCGCAGUACGUGGCGCUGCGCAGGACCGAGCGGCUGCAGGAGCGGGGCGCGCUGGCCGCCAAGAAGGGCAACGCGUCCGGCCCGCCGUCCUUCCCCUGCAAGAUAUGCCCCUUCAGCACGCCCAACAGGAACGUCCUGCGGAAGCACGUGGAGCUGAUCCACCAGCAGCCCUACUGCGAGGACAGCGACAGCCCGCCGUACGAGGGCGCCAACGACUAUGCAGCGCCUGUGUACGACGGCCACAAGCUCACCGGCAAGUCCCAGAAGGGGGAUGCACACAGGCUGGAGGUGAAGCCGAAGUUCAGCCUCGACAAGCAGCCCUUCAGGAAGAGGGGGGAGCUGCCCUUUCUGUUCGACGACAUCGCAGACCUUAUCAGGAAGAAGAAGACCACGCAGAAGGCCCGCAAAGGUUUCAACUCCUCGCUGUCGAAGCUGGGUUUGGGAAAUUCGGCGAGCAAGCUGUCGCCAACAUUACGGAAGAGCGAAAAACGGAGCAGGUUAUCUCCUCAGCGGGCUGAAAAGAUCGACAUCACGACAGGUCUUCCUUACGACGAAGACGGCUAUGAGGAAGAUGACCAAGGUUACGGAAGCACAUUUUCAGGAAACUUGAAAAAGCCAAACUCCCUCUCCAGCUGCUACAAGCAGACAACGCCCAAAACGGAAAAGUCCAACAGCACCUACUACCCGGGCUGUGACUCUGACAAUGGCCAGGGGGAAUCUGAAGAGACAGAGAGCAAGCGUUUGGUGGUGGCGCAGCCCGUUAAAGGAAAGUCCCCCUCAAAAAGGAAAAUGUCGACCCCGUUUCACAACACUAUGGACAAAGCAGCUCACCUGGUUUUACCAAAAUGCGAGCAAACUCCAAAGAAGCUGGAUUCGUCCGAGGACACAGAGGAGGCGGGCUUCGAGGAUGCGUACGACUUCACCGACUACACCAGCGAGGCCACGUCCAACUUCCUGGACAGCAGCGAAAACGAACAAAACCCCUACGCCCGGAACUACUUCAUCCGCAGGCAGAGGUUUCCAGCCAAAGACGGCUGGGACCCCGCCGGGGACCUCUCCGAGAAGGAGUGCGACCCAGAGAACGGCGGCGAGGGCAUACAGAAGUUUGUGGUGAAGGAGGAGUGCAUCGAGACGGAGGUGUGCGGAGAGGCGCAGGAGUCCGCCGUGGCCGCCAAUAAGGGCGACUCCUUCUCGGACUUGGACGCCCCGCCCUUUGUGACAGAUCGCAAAUCCUGCCCCUACUGCCCUGCCCAGUUUGAGUCGGGGGUGGGCUUAUCCAAUCACGUGCGCGGGCACCUGCACAGGGUGGGGCUGAGCUACAACGCCCGCCACGUGGUGUCACCGGAGCAGGUGGCUUCACAGGACAGGAGGCCACGCAUUCGGCGAAAGCUGACCGCCAUACGCCGCAUGAAAAAAGCGCACAAACCGGAGUCUCAGACGGAGCACACCUGUCCCCUGUGCGGGGGGUGGUUCGACACCAAGACGGGGCUGUCCAAUCACGUGCGGGGCCACCUGAAGCGCAUCGGCAAGACCAUCUCCAGCACGAGCAAGUCGCCGCUCUGCAUCCUCAACGAGAUGAUGCAGGACGAGGAGGAGUACCGCAACAUCCUGCAGGUGCUCAACAAGAAGCAGUUCCUGUCCCGGCCCUUCGUCUCGCAGAAGUUCGCCUGCAGCGACGGCCUCUUCCUCUCCCCCGCGGGGGUCCCGGUGAAGGUGCAGCACCUCGGCCAGGAGGGCAAGGCCUGGGGGCCGGCGGGGGGGUCCUCCCCAGAGGACGAGGGUCUGGACAAGAAGCGUGCGGACGCCAAACCGGGGGUCAGAGGCCCCCACUCCAGCACCCUGAUCGAGCUGCUGAAGAAGAAGAAGCUGGACGAGGAGAUGGAGAUGAAGAAGCGGUCGCAGACGGCCAGGAAGUAUCUCGCCGCCGGCCCUCCCAAAGAGCGGGGCGUUGCCACGCAACAGCUCAGGGCGGAGCCCGGCAGCUGGACCCCAGAGAAACAUGAGCUGAAUAAAAAGGUGUGCGUACACUGCAACACAACUUUCCCCAGCGCUGUCAGCCUGUCCAAUCACCUGCGGGCCUACGCACGACGCAAGAGGGCCGCCAUGCUGGAGGGAACAACGUACGACUGUAAACAGAAGAAGCAGAGAUCAAGGCCUGGGCCGAAGAAGAAGAUGUUCUCGUUGCCACACGUAACUGAUGAGAUCUACCGGCUCACCUGCAGGUUCUGCGACCUCGUCUUCCAGGGUCCUCUCUCAGUCCAGGAGGACUGGAUCAAGCACUUACAGAGGCACAUCAUGAACACUAGUGUCCCGCGCACGGGGGCGGGCAUGGUGGAGGUGACGUCCCUGCCCAAAGACCCCUCCCCGACGCCCGAGCGCCACACCCCUCCACUAGUGUCACAGGUGGCCUCCUGAGCCAAGGACAGUUUAUAGACUCACUCUUU